UACAAAUCCUCAGUAAAUAUUUUAAAUAAAAUGAAGUUUUUAUUAAGUUUUAUGUUCUGCUUGUUUUUAUUGUGUGCAAAUGUCUCCGCUCAUUGCCCCUGGGUAACGACUGAUGAAUUGGAAAAUCACAUAAGCCCAGAGGACCUCGAAGAAUUUCUAAAUUGGCAUCACAAGAAGCAUAAUGGAACGGAUACAUCUACUGACGAUUAUGGCUCGAUGGAGCCAGUGACUGACUUCCCGGAAUCGGAAGAAGUGGAUUGCUUCGGCUUGGGCUCGUUCGCCAGCCAACUGAUCAACAUGCGGCCAGACACCUCGGAGAAUAUCAACACUCAUUUCUACUUCUCUUCUCGACAGAAUCCAAACAGAGUUCAGGUUUUUCCUGGAGACCAAUUUGGUUUGGAAUGGGUAGAUUUCAAGCCAAAUAGAAGGACUAUUAUGAUUGUACACGGCUUUAUGAGCCACAGUAACGCUAGCUGGGUGACAGCUAUGACUAACGCCUUUUUGCAGUGGGGCGAUGUCAAUGUCAUAGCUGUUGAUUGGAGCCAAGGCGGAAAUACUUGGAAGUAUUGGCGGGCGGUGGCCAACACUAGAACAGUCGGCGGCGACGUUACUGGGUUCAUGCAGCAACUAAUGAAGGAGACGGGAGCGAAUGCCAAAGACUUCCACUUCGUGGGCCACAGCCUCGGCGCACAUAUUGUCUCCUACGUAUCAUACCAUUUAGGCCGCGUUUCCAGGAUUACUGGUCUAGACCCGGCGCAGCCCUGUUUCCGUACAAACAAUCUAGUGGAGCGGCUGGACUCUACCGAUGCCGACUUCGUCGACGUCAUACAUACUAAUGGUCGACUACUCUCUAAGAUAGGAUUCGGAUUCCCUGAUCCUACUGGUCAUGCAGACUUCUAUCCCAACGGUGGUAUGAAGCAGCCUGGCUGUUUCAACACCACGAGCUCUCUCUGGGCUCGUCUCUUGCCCAUUCCAGUCGGAAUACUUCAGCAAGCGGUAUGCAGUCACGGCCGAGCGUAUUUAUUGUUCAUUGAGUCUUUAGUCAGCAAUAAUUGUUCCUUUAGAGGACAUCAGUGGAAUUUAACUUAUGAAGGUGUGAACGCGAGCAUUGUCGCGGCUUGCGACCGAGUCGGCGCUUGUUCGGAAAUGGGCAUACGCGCGAUAGGCGGGAGUGGCUUACCUAGAGCCACUGGGGCUUAUUUCGUGCUUACAACUGCUACCGAACCAUAUUGUCCGACGGAUUGGGAGAGACGUCACCCCCAGCCGGAGUUAUUGCGUGACUUGCGGGAAGGUUUCCGUCUCGACCGGUCAGUGAAGGCUGUCGUGACGGAUACGUACGCGGACCCCAUGGCCACUAAGCCACCACCUGCCAAAUCUACUUUCUUUAGCUGGUUUAAAAAUUUAUUCGGUUAAUACCGUGAUACAUUCGAUUGAAAAAAAAA